ACGAGGCAGCGAGCAAUUGAAUUUUGGUCGAAUAGUUGUCAGGACGUACCUGUGUUGGACGCUAGUGACAAAAAAGUGCCAGAAGCAAUAGUAAACGUACGAAGGAUCGAUCGUAGAGGUGGAAUUGUUGGAUCGCUGAGAAGCUGAGUUUUCAUUUAACGUGUCUACAAGAAAAACGAAUAACAGCAUGCGCGACCCAAAGAAUAAACUACCCAAGUACGAGUCGGACGCUUUCGACAAUGUCGAAUAUGAGCUCCGUAUGACGUACACGGUCGAGACCGAUCGUCGCAUUAUGAGUUUCGUCGAUUCACGUUGGGGCAUCGAGGUAACCGGUGGAAUUGAUCAAUUCGAACCGUUAACCAUUAUAAAUGUGACACCCACUGGUAUGGCACGCAGUGCCGGCAUGCGUGUCGGUGAUGAGAUUACGCAAAUUAACAAUACACCAGCGUUGGAGCUAACUUUCAACGAAGCAUUGGAGUUGUUCCGUAAAAAUAGACGUUAUGUGCGGGUUUAUGUGAGAGGUGAUGUUGACGACGAUGGCGAGGAGGAUUGGACCUGCCACUUCUGGUUCAAGCCACGCAAGCCAUGGCGCCGCGAUUUCACGCCCAUCCAAUGGGAGUUCCCAUGGAACGAUCGUCGCAAGCCGAUCUACCGUGAGUCCAACUGUUUCAUGGUGCCCAGCGUUAUGGAAGAACGCAUACGUCAACGUCGUGCUGCCACCUCGGCGGUGCAUAAGAAGGAUGAACUCGCACCGCAUACCCGCUCGCUUACGCCAUCACCGCGUCCUAAAAAUCAACCAGGCGAAAACUUGAUGGAAACCAUGUUCAAGAAAUAAAGAAAUGAUUGCAUGCACUAACCGAUGUCAAAGCAGUGAAACGCGUUAGCAAUUAAUGCUAAACAAAAAUAAGCAUAUAAGUGUGUUUGUGAAUUUUGCAAACGAGAACAGAAUAUAUGAAGGCAAAUAUUUUGUUGGAAAAAUUCGCAACGCAUAAAACACGCCAAAGGUUUUUCAUUCCAGUUCCUGUGACACAUAUACAAUAAAGAAACAGGCGUUCGUGUAUAAUCUGCCACGUACUCGAAUAAUGCACAUCGAAGUAGAUGUAAACGAUAAGGAGUUGAUAGAGGCUAGU